UUUUCAGUUAUCCGUUUUGGCCGCACCAGUACACUUCAAUGAAUCUGAAAAUUUUCUAAAUUGUGUAAAUAUUAAAUUCGUAAGUUGCUUUGAGGUCACGCUUGGGUUCAAUUGGAAGACUUUUUUUUUAACACCAUGCAUUUAAUGUGCGAGCGAUUGUCUUCGGUUUUUGCGGGCGUCUUAGUAGGUUUGUGGUACGCCAAGACCUUUCCCGAGGACGACAAGGGCAAGGACAAGGGCAAGGAGAAGGACAAGAAGAAGUAGGAGCAGACGGACGAUCCACAUUACUACUCCCUUCCCACACAAACGCAGCAGAAAUCGGGAACUCAAUCGAUUUAGUAGUCGAGCCGGGAACUUCAAGCCAGUUCGACGACCUGUCAACCAGGCGACCCGACAAAGCUCAGUAUUAAUUCGACUUCACAACUUCAAUAUCAAACUCUUUCGACUUGCACA